AUUUAGGUCAAGGAAAGAGAUGUUUGCUAAUAUAGAUGCUAGGCUAAGCAUUCUGGGAGAGCGAUUUCUUGCAGCAGAUGAACAUUCUUUGUGCCUCCCAGCAGCAUCUGCAGCAGUGUGGCUGUCUGGCACUGUCUUUUUCAUUUUGGGCAGGUUCUGAGAUUCAGAACAAUCCCAAGCAAAUCACAGGAGCCGGCAGUUUUCCAGUAGAGCCACAUGUAAAUCUCCUGCUUAUUUGUUCUUUGGUAUUAAGAGUGAAGCAAUCAGCUAGAAAAACGAUACUUUAAAGGUUUGGUGCAUCCGAGGUGUGUCAUCUUGUGUUUGCACCACCCCUCCUGUUUUACACUCGGAGUCUGGAUUUUUUGUCAGGCUGUUGAGCAGGAGCGGAUUCUAGUACGGCAGCUCAGAGCUUCCCUUCUGUUCCGGUACCGGUGACUGCUUGUCAUGAAGAUGGUACAGUGGGAGCCUGUUUCGGAAGAGCCAAGGAAGAGGAUGUGGAAAUGGAGUAGAGAUUGCUAAGAAACUGAACAUCCACACCUUGGGGAUGGGUUGCACUACUAGUGUGAUUCUGUUUAAAGGCAUCCGCACCGUUUUUGAAAGAAACUGUGCUUAUAUGUGCAAACAGCAAGGAGAGAAUAAUGCCCUUGAAUAUACAGCAUACAAUUGGACAAAAGAAGAUUCAGAACUAUUGAUCUCCUCCUGGCUGGCAAAGCCAAAGCUAAUUGAGCCACUCGACUAUGAAAAUGUCAUCGUCCAGAAGAAGACUCAGAUCCUGAACGACUGUUUACGGGAGAUGCUGCUCUUCCCUUACGAUGACUUUCAGACGGCCAUCCUGAGACGACAGGGUCGAUACAUAUGCUCAACAGUGCCUGCGAAGGCGGAAGAGGAAGCACAGAGCUUGUUUGUUACAGAGUGCAUCAAAACCUAUAACUCUGACUGGCAUCUUGUGAACUAUAAAUAUGAAGAUUACUCAGGAGAGUUUCGACAGCUUCCGAACAAAGUGGUCAAGUUGGAUAAACUUCCAGUUCAUGUCUAUGAAGUUGACGAGGAGGUCGACAAAGAUGAGGAUGCUGCCUCCCUUGGUUCCCAGAAGGGUGGGAUCACCAAGCAUGGCUGGCUGUACAAAGGCAACAUGAACAGUGCCAUCAGCGUGACCAUGAGGUCAUUUAAGAGACGAUUUUUCCACCUGAUUCAACUUGGCGAUGGAUCCUAUAAUUUGAAUUUUUAUAAAGAUGAAAAGAUCUCCAAAGAACCAAAAGGAUCAAUAUUUCUGGAUUCCUGUAUGGGUGUCGUUCAGAACAACAAAGUCAGGCGUUUUGCUUUUGAGCUCAAGAUGCAGGACAAAAGUAGUUAUCUCUUGGCAGCAGACAGUGAAGUGGAAAUGGAAGAAUGGAUCACAAUUCUAAAUAAGAUCCUCCAGCUCAACUUUGAAGCUGCAAUGCAAGAAAAGCGAAAUGGCGACUCUCACGAAGAUGAUGAACAAAGCAAAUUGGAAGGUUCUGGUUCCGGUUUAGAUAGCUACCUGCCGGAACUUGCCAAGAGUGCAAGAGAAGCAGAAAUCAAACUGAAAAGUGAAAGCAGAGUCAAACUUUUUUAUUUGGACCCAGAUGCCCAGAAGCUUGACUUCUCAUCAGCUGAGCCAGAAGUGAAGCCAUUUGAAGAGAAGUUUGGAAAAAGGAUCCUUGUCAAGUGCAAUGAUUUAUCUUUCAAUUUGCAAUGCUGUGUUGCCGAAAAUGAAGAAGGACCCACUACAAAUGUUGAACCUUUCUUUGUUACCCUGUCCCUGUUUGACAUAAAAUACAACCGGAAGAUUUCUGCCGAUUUCCAUGUAGACCUGAACCAUUUCUCAGUGAGGCAAAUGCUUGCCACUACGUCCCCGGCGCUGAUGAAUGGCAGUGGGCAGAGCCCAUCUGUCCUCAAGGGCAUCCUUCAUGAAGCCGCCAUGCAGUAUCCGAAGCAGGGAAUAUUUUCAGUCACUUGUCCUCAUCCAGAUAUAUUUCUUGUGGCCAGAAUUGAAAAAGUCCUUCAGGGGAGCAUCACACAUUGCGCUGAGCCAUAUAUGAAAAGUUCAGACUCUUCUAAGGUGGCCCAGAAGGUGCUGAAGAAUGCCAAGCAGGCAUGCCAAAGACUAGGACAGUAUAGAAUGCCAUUUGCUUGGGCAGCAAGGACAUUGUUUAAGGAUGCAUCUGGAAAUCUUGACAAAAAUGCCAGAUUUUCUGCCAUCUACAGGCAAGACAGCAAUAAGCUAUCCAAUGAUGACAUGCUCAAGUUACUUGCAGACUUUCGGAAACCUGAGAAGAUGGCUAAGCUCCCAGUGAUUUUAGGCAAUCUAGACAUUACAAUUGAUAAUGUUUCCUCAGACUUCCCUAAUUAUGUUAAUUCAUCAUACAUUCCCACAAAACAAUUUGAAACCUGCAGUAAAACUCCCAUCACGUUUGAAGUGGAGGAAUUUGUGCCCUGCAUACCAAAACACACUCAGCCUUACACCAUCUACACCAAUCACCUUUACGUUUAUCCUAAGUACUUGAAAUACGACAGUCAGAAGUCUUUUGCCAAGGCUAGAAAUAUUGCGAUUUGCAUUGAAUUCAAAGAUUCAGAUGAGGAAGACUCUCAGCCCCUUAAGUGCAUUUAUGGCAGACCUGGUGGGCCAGUUUUCACCAGAAGCGCCUUUGCUGCAGUUUUACACCAUCACCAAAACCCAGAAUUUUAUGAUGAGAUUAAGAUAGAGUUGCCCACUCAGCUGCACGAAAAGCACCACCUGUUGCUCACAUUCUUCCAUGUCAGCUGUGACAACUCAAGUAAAGGAAGCACGAAGAAGAGGGAUGUCGUUGAAACCCAAGUUGGCUACUCCUGGCUUCCCCUCCUGAAAGACGGAAGGGUGGUGACGAGCGAGCAGCACAUCCCAGUCUCAGCGAACCUUCCUUCGGGCUAUCUUGGCUACCAGGAGCUUGGGAUGGGCAGGCAUUAUGGUCCGGAAAUUAAAUGGGUAGAUGGAGGCAAGCCACUGCUGAAAAUUUCCACUCAUCUGGUUUCUACAGUGUAUACUCAGGAUCAGCAUUUACAUAAUUUUUUCCAGUACUGUCAGAAAACCGAAUCUGGAGCCCAAGCCUUAGGAAACGAACUUGUAAAGUACCUGAAGAGUCUGCAUGCGAUGGAAGGCCACGUGAUGAUCGCCUUCUUGCCCACUAUCCUAAACCAGCUGUUCCGAGUCCUCACCAGAGCCACACAGGAAGAAGUCGCGGUUAACGUCACUCGGGUCAUUGUUCAUGUGGUUGCCCAGUGCCAUGAGGAAGGAUUGGAGAGCCACUUGAGGUCAUAUGUUAAGUACGCAUAUAAGGCUGAGCCAUAUGUUGCCUCUGAAUACAAGACAGUGCAUGAAGAACUGACCAAAUCCAUGACCACGAUUCUCAAGCCUUCCGCCGAUUUCCUCACCAGCAACAAACUACUGAAGUACUCAUGGUUUUUCUUUGAUGUACUGAUCAAAUCCAUGGCUCAGCAUUUGAUAGAGAACUCCAAAGUUAAGUUGCUGCGAAACCAGAGAUUUCCUGCAUCCUAUCAUCAUGCAGUGGAAACCGUUGUAAAUAUGCUGAUGCCACACAUCACUCAGAAGUUUCGAGAUAAUCCAGAGGCAUCUAAGAACGCGAAUCAUAGCCUUGCUGUCUUCAUCAAGAGAUGUUUCACCUUCAUGGACAGGGGCUUUGUCUUCAAGCAGAUCAACAACUACAUUAGCUGUUUUGCUCCUGGAGACCCAAAGACCCUCUUUGAAUACAAGUUUGAAUUUCUCCGUGUAGUGUGCAACCAUGAACAUUAUAUUCCGUUGAACUUACCAAUGCCAUUUGGAAAAGGCAGGAUUCAAAGAUACCAAGCUUUUCUUUCACCAACUGUGGAGUCAAAUGACACUCCUGUAGACCUCCAGCUUGACUACUCAUUAACAGAUGAGUUCUGCAGAAACCACUUCUUGGUGGGACUGUUACUGAGGGAGGUGGGGACAGCCCUCCAGGAGUUCCGGGAGGUCCGUCUGAUCGCCAUCAGUGUGCUCAAGAACCUGCUGAUAAAGCAUUCUUUUGAUGACAGAUAUGCUUCAAGGAGUCAUCAGGCAAGGAUAGCCACCCUCUACCUGCCUCUGUUUGGUCUGCUGAUUGAAAACGUCCAGCGGAUCAAUGUGAGGGAUGUGUCACCCUUCCCUGUGAACGCGGGCAUGACUGUGAAGGAUGAAUCCCUGGCUCUACCAGCUGUGAAUCCGCUGGUGACGCCGCAGAAGGGAAGCACCCUGGACAACAGCCUGCACAAGGACCUGCUGGGCGCCAUCUCCGGCAUUGCUUCUCCAUAUACAACCUCAACUCCAAACAUCAACAGUGUGAGAAAUGCUGAUUCGAGAGGAUCUCUCAUAAGCACAGAUUCGGGUAACAGCCUUCCAGAAAGGAAUAGUGAGAAGAACAAUUCCUUGGAUAAGCACCAACAAAGUAGCACAUUGGGAAAUUCCGUGGUUCGCUGUGAUAAACUUGACCAGUCUGAGAUUAAGAGCCUACUGAUGUGUUUCCUCUACAUCUUAAAGAGCAUGUCUGAUGAUGCUUUGUUUACAUAUUGGAACAAGGCUUCAACAUCUGAACUUAUGGAUUUUUUUACAAUAUCUGAAGUCUGCCUGCACCAGUUCCAGUACAUGGGGAAGCGAUACAUAGCCAGGAACCAGGAGGGGUUGGGACCCAUAGUUCAUGAUCGAAAGUCUCAGACAUUGCCUGUUUCCCGUAACAGAACAGGAAUGAUGCAUGCCAGAUUGCAGCAACUGGGCAGCCUGGAUAACUCUCUCACUUUUAACCACAGCUAUGGCCACUCGGACGCAGAUGUUCUGCACCAGUCAUUACUUGAAGCCAACAUUGCUACUGAGGUUUGCCUGACAGCUCUGGACACGCUUUCUCUAUUUACAUUGGCGUUUAAGAACCAGCUCCUGGCCGACCAUGGACAUAAUCCUCUCAUGAAAAAAGUUUUUGAUGUCUACCUGUGUUUUCUUCAAAAACAUCAGUCUGAAACGGCUUUAAAAAAUGUCUUCACUGCCUUAAGGUCCUUAAUUUAUAAGUUUCCCUCAACAUUCUAUGAAGGGAGAGCGGAUAUGUGUGCGGCUCUGUGUUACGAGAUUCUCAAGUGCUGUAACUCCAAGCUGAGCUCCAUCAGGACGGAGGCCUCCCAGCUGCUCUACUUCCUGAUGAGGAACAACUUUGAUUACACUGGAAAGAAGUCCUUUGUCCGGACACAUUUGCAAGUCAUCAUAUCUGUCAGCCAGCUGAUAGCAGACGUUGUUGGCAUUGGGGGAACCAGAUUCCAGCAGUCCCUGUCCAUCAUCAACAACUGUGCCAACAGUGACCGGCUCAUCAAGCACACCAGCUUCUCCUCUGAUGUGAAGGACUUAACCAAAAGGAUACGCACGGUGCUAAUGGCCACCGCCCAGAUGAAGGAGCAUGAGAACGACCCAGAGAUGCUGGUGGACCUCCAGUACAGCCUGGCCAAAUCCUAUGCCAGCACGCCCGAGCUCAGGAAGACAUGGCUCGACAGCAUGGCCAGGAUCCAUGUCAAAAAUGGCGAUCUCUCAGAGGCAGCAAUGUGCUAUGUCCACGUAACAGCCCUAGUGGCAGAAUAUCUCACACGGAAAGAAGCAGUCCAGUGGGAGCCGCCCCUUCUCCCCCACAGCCAUAGCGCCUGCCUGAGGAGGAGCCGGGGAGGCAUGUUUAGACAAGGAUGCACCGCCUUCAGGGUCAUUACCCCAAACAUCGACGAGGAGGCCUCCAUGAUGGAAGACGUGGGGAUGCAGGAUGUCCAUUUCAACGAGGAUGUGCUGAUGGAGCUCCUUGAGCAGUGCGCAGAUGGACUCUGGAAAGCCGAGCGCUACGAGCUCAUCGCCGACAUCUACAAACUUAUCAUCCCCAUUUAUGAGAAGCGGAGGGAUUUUGAGAGGCUGGCCCAUCUGUAUGACACGCUGCACCGGGCCUACAGCAAAGUGACCGAGGUCAUGCACUCGGGCCGCAGGCUUCUGGGGACCUACUUCCGGGUAGCCUUCUUCGGGCAGCAAUACCAGUUUACAGACAGUGAAACAGAUGUGGAGGGAUUCUUUGAAGAUGAAGAUGGAAAGGAGUAUAUUUACAAGGAACCCAAACUCACACCACUGUCGGAAAUUUCUCAGAGACUCCUUAAACUGUACUCGGAUAAAUUUGGUUCUGAAAAUGUCAAAAUGAUACAGGAUUCUGGCAAGGUCAACCCUAAGGAUCUGGAUUCUAAGUAUGCAUACAUCCAGGUGACUCACGUCAUCCCCUUCUUUGACGAAAAAGAGUUGCAAGAAAGGAAAACAGAGUUUGAGAGAUCCCACAACAUCCGCCGCUUCAUGUUUGAGAUGCCAUUUACGCAGACCGGGAAGAGGCAGGGCGGGGUGGAAGAGCAGUGCAAACGGCGCACCAUCCUGACAGCCAUACACUGCUUCCCUUAUGUGAAGAAGCGCAUCCCUGUCAUGUACCAGCACCACACUGACCUGAACCCCAUUGAGGUGGCCAUUGACGAGAUGAGUAAGAAGGUGGCGGAGCUCCGGCAGCUGUGCUCCUCCGCCGAGGUGGACAUGAUCAAACUGCAGCUCAAACUCCAGGGCAGCGUGAGUGUUCAGGUCAAUGCUGGCCCACUAGCAUAUGCGCGAGCUUUCUUAGAUGAUACAAACACAAAGCGAUAUCCUGACAAUAAAGUGAAGCUGCUUAAGGAAGUUUUCAGGCAAUUUGUGGAAGCUUGCGGUCAAGCCUUAGCGGUAAACGAACGUCUGAUUAAAGAAGACCAGCUCGAGUAUCAGGAAGAAAUGAAAGCCAACUACAGGGAAAUGGCGAAGGAGCUUUCUGAAAUCAUGCAUGAGCAGCUGGGAUGGUAAUGUCAUUUUUAAAUUUUAUUUUUCUGAUAAUCUGACUUAGAAAAAGCUAUUACUUCUUUGAGUUUGAGCAACUACAGACAUUGGCAUAAUGACAGUACAUGGGCAGAGGAAAGCACCCUCUUCUGGACAUUUUAAAAAGUAAAGGCCAGACAUGGUGGCUCACUCCUGUAAUCCCAGCACUUUGGGAGGCCAAGAUGGGUGGAUCAUCUGAGGUCAGGAGUUCGAGACCAGCCUGGCCAACAUGGUGAAACCCCAUCUCUACUAAAAAAUACAAAAAUUAGCUGGGCGUAGUGGCGCAUACCCUAGUCUCAGCUACUCGGGAGGCUGAGGCAGGAGAAUUGCUGGAACCCAGGAGGUGCAGGCUGCAGGGAGCCAAGAUCGUGCCACUACCCUCUAGCCUGGGCCACAGAGCGAGACUCCAUCUCAAAAAAAAAAUAGAAAAAAAUUGAAACGAUUAGAGAAAUGAAUGUCUGAAUAAUUAAGCAGAACAGGAGGGACUCAUGGGAACUGAUUUUCAGAGAAAACUUGAGAUCUUUUCUGUGGAGCCUCCAGAUUCCUAUAGAAUGGAGAGUUUGGUCAGUGGGUGCCAACAUUGGGCACUAGAGAAGAUGAAAGUAGUAAGAGAUCAUAGGCUGAAACUGUUAAACUCCCAAAGUACAGGGAUAUUUAAUGCACUUGCUGUCAGCUGCACCUUGAACUUCCCAUUAUGCCAACAGCUGUGAAGACUGAGCCCCCGUGAACCCCUGAAGGGCCGUGGCGGGGGUAGACUUGCUUUCAGUGUUUCCAGGGGAGCCUCUGCUGGAGGCGAAGACCUACACUCAGAUCCUUCCAGGCACCACUGGGCAUGGAAAGAUACUUGUUCAGGGUCAGAGGAGUAGCCACCCUCUCCCAAGACAAAAUCCGUAAGACCCUGAGAAAAGGAGGCAGGAGAGAAACACAAAUGCUUCAAAUUCAUUUUUAAAGGCUUUUUCAAGGUCAAGGCUAGGUUGUGUCCCAGUCAAGCACAUGUAAGUAGACUUCACGUUGCCUUAAGUAGACCUCACGUUGCCUUAUGAUCUGGUGAGCGUAGAAGGCUCUCCAUUCACUAGCUUUGUAAAAGAAACAAAAUGUGCUGUUCUUGACUUUCUCCUUAUAAUCCUCACCUGAAAACAGUCAUUUAUGAGAUAAGCUGAACAUCUCCCUCUGUAAACCAGCAGCCAGGCUUUCCGGCUGCGCAUCACUCACGUGAUGGAGUGAGUGUAGACUUGUGUGUGUGAUGUGGGGUGCAACACAUUGAGAAAUAUCUGCUUGCAUCCUUAUACUCAGUAACAUUGUGUUGCACAUGGCAACAUUGCCUUAAACUCUGUAACAUUUUGUUACACUUGGUAACAUUGUGUCACACAUGGCAACAUGGCAUUGCAUAUGAUAACAUUGUGUCACACAUGGCAACAUUGCAUUGCAUAUGGUAACAUUGUGUUGCACUCAGUAACGUUGUGUUUCUGUCCUCGAGAUCUGCCCCCUGGAGGAGAAGAUGAGCGUCUUACCGAAUUCCCUUCACAUCUUCAAUGCCAUCAGUGGGACUCCAACAAGCACAAUGGUUCACGGGAUGACCAGCUCGUCUUCGGUCGUGUGAUUACACCUUAUGGCCCGUGUGUGGGGACUUGCUUUGUCAUUUGCAAACUCAGGAUGCUUUCCAAAGCCAAUCACUGGGGAGACCGAGCACAGGGAGAACCAAGGGGAAGGGGAGAGAAAGGAAAUAAAGAACAACGUUAUUUCUUAACAGAUUUUCUAUAGGAGUUGUAAGAAGGUGCACAUAUUUUUUUAAAUCUCACUGGCAAUAUUCAAAGUUUUCAUUGUGUCUUAACAAAGGUGUGGUAGACACUCUUGAGCUGGACUUAGAUUUUAUUCUUCCUUGCAGAGUAGUGUUAGAAUAGAUGGCCUACAGAAAAAAAAGGUUCUGGGAUCUACAUGGCAGGGAGGCUGCACUGACAUUGAUGCCUGGGGGAACUUUGCCUCGAGGCUGAGCUGGAAAAUCUUGAAAAUAUUUUUUUUUUUCCUGUGGCACAUUCAGGUUGAAUACAAGAACUAUUUUUGUGACUAGUUUUUGAUGACCUAAGGGAACUGACCAUUGUAAUUUUUGUACCAGUGAACCAGGAGAUUUAGUGCUUUUAUAUUCAUUUCCUUGCAUUUAAAAAAAUAUGAAAGCUUAAGGAAUUAUGUGAGCUUAAAACUAGUCAAGCAGUUUAGAACCAAAGGCCUAUAUUAAUAACCACAACUAUGCUGAAAAGUACAAAGUAGUACAGUAUAUUGUUAUGUACAUAUCAUUGUUAAUACAGUCCUGGCAUUCUGUACAUAUAUGUAUUACAUUUCUACAUUUUUAAUACUCACAUGAGCUUAUGCAUUAAGUUUAAUUGUGUUAAAUUUGUGCUGUUCCAGUAUAUGCAAUACACUUUAAUGUUUUAUUCUUGUACAUAAAAAUGUGCAAUAUGGAGAUGUAUACAGUCUUUACUAUAUUAGGUUUAUAAACAGUUUUAAGAAUUUCAUCCUUUUGCCAAAAUGGUGGAGUACGUAAUUGUUAAAUCAUAAAUCCUGUGGUGAAUGGUGGUGUACUUUAAAGCUGUCACCAUGUUAUAUUUUCUUUUAAGACAUUAAUUUAGUAAUUUUAUAUUUGGGAAAAUAAAGGUUUUUAAUUUUAUUUAACUGGAAUCACUGCCCUGCUGUAAUUAAACAUUCUGUACCACAUCUGUAUUAAAAAGACAUUGCUGACCA